AUGCCUAAAUAUCAAGAGGCCAGUCGAUUGAAGGCAGCGUCACAAUAUACAACGACAAAGGCUAACACCCCUUCCCGAGAUGUUUCCCCUCCCCCAUACUCAACUUCAAUCCAAGAAACGUCAGUAACGCCAACUGGUAGACCCCUUCCAUCGCCCCCGCCUAAUCUACAAGUCCUUCGCACCCGAAGGGGUCCACGGAGAAUUGAUCCGAUGGACGAACUUGCAAGCCCAUGGAGCGAGCUCGUUGUGAUGCAAGGUCCCAUGUUUGGGAAUCUUGAACGCCUAUACGCGCAUAUCGUCCUCGUUUGCCACUCCAUGAGGACACCUUCCAAAAAUUCGAAUCUUCCUUUGCAAAACAACAUCUCCGACGACCCGGUCAAGGUGAAGGCCAAAAAUGGUCCAGGAGCUUUGGGACCGCAACGAGCGGCGGAUUACGGAUGCAACUUCAAGGCCUUGCGGCAUCCGGGUCAAGAAUGGGAAGCUGAACGAGGACGACGCCGACUCGUGGCACAUUGUCCAUCUUCUAUUUCGCAAGUCACACCGGGUGUCAGCCAUUCCCCACAUCUGGCGCGAUGCGUUGGUGCUUCUCAAGAUAACGCAGCUUCCGAGCCAUGA